AGUAAAAAAGACAGUGGACUAUCAUACAUACAGAAAUACAGGGAGAGAGAGAGAGAGAGAGAGAAGCUGCAUCAACAACAGUCAUGGAAACAGCGUAUGCAGCAGGAGGAGCAGGAGGAGGGGCGUGUUUUAUGGCAGAAGCAGUGUCAGUGCGUCGGCUCUCUACUACGAACAAGUCCUUACACUCACACCGCCCUGCUUUCCCUUGUUUUUCUUCUCGCUCUCUUCCUCCUCCUUUGUCUACCUCAGCCUCAGCCUCAGCUUCCUUUAUCCACUUCUCAGCUUCCAACAGGUUGGCUCUGUUCCAGAUUAAAGCAUCCUCCUCAGAGGAGACAUCUGGUUCUGGUGAAGUGGGAGAGGUGUUCUUGGACUUGAAGGAAAAGUGGGAUGCACUUGAAAACAAGUCUGCACUCAUUCUCUAUGGAGGUGGGGCAAUAUUUGCUAUUUGGUUGUCUUCCGUCAUUGUUGAUUCUAUCAACUCAGUCCCUUUGCUUCCAAAAAUCAUGGAAUUGGUUGGGCUUGGAUAUACUGGAUGGUUUGUCUACCGGUACCUUCUCUUUAAGUCGAGCAGAAAGGAACUAGCUGAUGAAAUUGAAGCUUUGAAGAAAAAGAUUGCUGGAAGUGGAUAGAGAGUGAGUAUCAAUUGGACAAGUGUAGUUUUUAACAUUUAGCCAUUGAUCACAAAUCAUAGUAGAUAGAUAUCCUCUAAAAGGGACACAUGACUCAUGUAUAAUUGGUGAUCUUUGUUCUCUUUCAAUGUGAAUCUAUUUUAUUGUUUCUUGAAAUGAUAAUUAGCAACAGAUUGAACAAAUCCAUUGCAUGCUUAUGUACCAAGAAACCAUGUAAUCACUUCUCAUUGCAUUUCUUGUAAUCCAAUUUCAUAGAUAUCUUAAUUUUCUGGGUACUCUUUAA